AUGGCUCUUUGGAGACCUUACCUCGACGAUUCGCACAUGGAUUCAUCCAAGACGGUAGAAGAAGAAAGUUCCCAUACUUCUCGAGGCAAUGCUUCGUCGAGUAACGAACCGUUAAUUCUGGCUUCACCACCGAAAAAUUCGAAUCCUGAUUUUGAAGUCUCAGAGCGCAAAAAUCUAAUGACUAUGAUGGCCGAGAAGAAUUGCGAAAGGACUGUAGAUUAUCCGAGGAUGCGUCGAAUAGUUCAUUCGAUAAAUCCAGACGCAUCAAACGAAGAUUACAAAAAGAAAAGGGAGAAAAAUAAUAUCGCUGCAAAGCAGAGUCGUCAUCGAAGAAAGAUAAAGGAGAUAGAUCUCGGCUUGCAAGUUGCAAAUUUAAAAAAAGAAAUAGCCAUUUUGAAGGCUACACUUAAUUCACAAAUUUGUAGCCAGUGUAAAUAA